CUGAGAUCUAUGGGACGCACACAAAGGUCUUGACAAUGGCAAAGUCAUGGGCAUUGCAAUUGCCAUCAUUGUCACUAGUUCCAAAGAUUCAGCCGAGAAGGACUCCCUUAUGCCGGUCACACAAGGUAACUAUUUGUUCGUCUCUGCUGGAAGAAACAUCAGAGUCUUCGAGGAUUCGAGCCAGAGGCCUAGAAGAUGAGAAGGCCGGGCUGUGCGCCACACUCCUCGGGCUACAUGCUCCUUUGCUACUUUUUCAAUCGGACAUAGCCAUGGCAGCGGAAGAAGCAGGUCCUGGCUACUCGGCCGCGAGUUAUUACACUUCGCUGGGAUUGUUCGUGCUCGCAUUGCCGGGUCUCUGGUCGCUCAUCAAACGCUCGGCAAAAUCUAAGAUAGUCCGGAAGACUUACGUAGUUCCUGGCCCAUCUCAAGAGAGUGGCAAAGCACCAAAACAAAUUGCUGGUGAAAUCUCAUCGUUUUUCACCAGAAACAACUUCACCAUUGUCGACAGCGGUGAAGUAGUCAGAUUCGAAGGACUGAUGGUUCCAAGCCGGGGCCAAGCUGCUUUCAUCAUCUUUUGCACGUUUUUGAGCUUAGCUAGCGCAGCUUUGGUACUCACGAUCACAGUUCCAGUGGUAGGAGACAAGUGGUAUUGGCUCACGGCUUUCAGUCCCCUCGCUGGCGCUUACUAUUGGACGAAUGCAUCUCGAAAAGAGGAAAUCCAAGUAAAGCUCGUGGUGGCCGACGAUGAGUCUUCCACAGAUGUAUUGGUUCAAGGCGAUGACGAGCAAAUCGAGCAGCUUCGUAGGGAGCUGGGAUUCAUGGAGAAAGGCAUGGUUUAUGUGAAAGGCAUUUUGCAAUGAGAGAGAAUUCCUGUGAUGAAACAGGAAGCAAAUUUACAGUGCGGCUGCCGAGAAGAUGGUUACCAAAACUGAUUGUGGAGAAACAAUCUUACAGUGGUGGCCGACUUUCGUUGCUACGUUGGCCCCCUCAAGUAAAGUUUUUGGUUUUUUACUGUG